AUGAGAGGUAGACGAGGAAACGUGAGUGAUCCCUUGCCACAUGACUUCGACAACAGGAAGGAUUUUUCAACAGGAUUGGAAAACAAAUGGGAUUUAGGUUUUCACGAGAAAAAUUUCCAGUUUAAAAGAGUUAAUUUUAACUCUUCGCCAAUACGUGAAAUUGAAGAGGAUUUAGGUGCACAUGAACAGUCAGACGAGAAUCAUGAUGGGCAUUAUGACGGGCAUCAGCUAUUUCAUAAUAUGCUAAAUCUUUUAACAAUUAAAAAAACUCGAGCUAUGAACAAUGGGGAAAACGUGAAAGUGAAAUAUCAGACAGUCCCAGAUCCAAAUGCAACAAGGUAUAAUUUAAUUGGCGAUACACAUUUAAAUAUACUAAUGGAUGAGUCAAACCAAUUUUCAAAUAGUGGGAGUGGGUUGCCAUCUUUCUUCAAUCCGCGAAUGGCAAGCAAUAUGUCACACAGAGAGAAAGUAAAUGAAUGGCUAGAUAAUAUUCCUUGUGCCAAUCUAAAUAAAACGGAUUUUUAUUAUUUUAACAAGUACAGUGGCAUGUAUAAUAACGUCGGGCUGUAUAGUUUAAAUUGGGAAGAAGAGAUUUUUGAAAAAGAUUACAAAAGCUUGAAUUUAAUGACAAAUGAAGACUUGAUAUUAUACCAAGCUAAGAAAAUAGAUACGUUGAUAAGAAAAAAUUACCAUAGGGAAAAAGAAAGCAAUUUUGAAAACAUAACAGAAAACAGCAAAGAUUGCAUAAAUAACUCAGUCGCAUUGUGCACUAACAUUUCAACUUCCUAA